AUGAGCAGAAACAAAGCCAGUUGCCGAGAAACUGCAGAGGCAGAGUUUGAGUGUGAGAGCUGGGUUCACGCGAGCUCCAGGCGGCGGCAGCAGCAGCAGCAGCAGAGCGAUCCUCCGCACUCUCCGUCCACUCAGAAGACGGAGCGACCUUCUGCGUCCACACACCUGAUCUUCUCACGCUAUAAAAGAAGAAGACGGGAACCGAGAGUCAGAACAGCCGCCGAGAAGCCGCCGGUGAAGCAGAAGAUCCCGAAGACCCCCAGAGGAACGCCCGGAGAAACCGUCGACAUGAGAUCGUGGUGGUCGUCCAGCUUCCUGGUCGCGGCUCUCAUCCUCGAGUGCUGCGCCGUGUCCGCCGCCGUGCCCAUAAGCAAAGCGGAGGACGGGUCGCUGGAGCAGGACGCGCUGGCCUCGCUGCUGAACGACGACAUGAGCGAGACCAACCUGAGCGAGGUGGAGGUGAGUGUGAGCUCUAAGCCCCGCCCCCCCAGGGUGAUCGUGGUGGGGGACCCCGGGCUGUGGCAGGGUCUGCGGGGGCUGCACAGCGGGACGGGCCUGUUCAAGAGGAGGGCGGAAGAGGAGCACCAGGACCUGAACAUCCCCAUCCUCAGACGGGACACCAUGAGGUGCAUGGUGGGGCGGGUGUACCGGCCCUGCUGGGAGGUCUGA